UGUGAAAGGAAUACCAACAAAGAUAAACCUGGGCUACAGUGCCGAACGCUGACAAAUGCUAGUCUGAACAAGAAGCACUCGAGUAAUCUGCAGCGCCAGGUCGACUUCUGCUACAGAUAAUCAUGGGAUCUUCUAGGUCGGCGAGAACAAAAUACGUCAUCCUUUCACAAGGAAGAUUCCUGGAUGGAUCGAACUUCUGUCGGUACCGAUGCGGCAUUACCUUUAUCUCCCCGUGCCCACUCCGAUUUAUUAAACCCAGUCUCAUCCACCGACACUCAUACCUCGUUCACCAGAGACUCAAGAAACAUACUCAAAAUGACAGAAAAGUCGUCGAAUAAUCCAGAAUAUCUCGCCCAACCCCCGGCACCGUGCUGUUGGGCAGGCACCCUCCACGAAGGCAACCCCCGCGGUGAUGUGGAAGACAUCCUCGAAGUGCCCACUUACGUCGUUCGCCCGGCAGACGUGAAGCGCUCCCUGCCGCCUAACGGACAUGUCAUCCUCUACUUCCCGGACGUGUGGGGCCUCUCCGUCAACGCCAAGUGCAUCAUGGACGGCUUCGCCUCCUCGGGGUACACGGCGCUUGGCAUGGAUUUCUUCCGUGGCGACCCCAUCUCCAAGUAUCGCAACGCCAAAACCGAUCCGCUGCCGGAGGGGUUCGACAUGGCGGCCUGGCGCUCCAAGCACUGGAACUUUGCCACGGAAAAUGUUCCUAAGUGGACAGCCGCUGUCAAGGAGAGGUUCGGUGCCGAGUUGAAGGCUGAGACGGGCAAGGAGACGAAGUUUGCCUGCGUUGGAUAUUGUUUCGGUGCGCCUUUUGUGUGCAAUUUGCUCGCCGGGGCUGGUGGCGACGGGGAGCCUGUGGUUUCCGCCGGUGCAUUUGCGCACCCGACGGCGUUGAAGGAGGAACAUUUCACCAGCAUCAAGAAGCCUCUGUUGCUCUCAUGCGCUGAGAACGACCAAGCUUUCCCCACCGAGGCAAGAAGAAAAGCAAUCGACUUCCUUCAAAGAGAGAAGAAAAUUUAUCACCUUCAGGUCUUCCAGGGCGUGUCACACGGCUUCGCCGUGAAAGGAGACCCGUCAGACCCUUACCAGCGUUGGUGCAAGGAACAGAGUCUUCGUGCCAUGGUUGACUGGUUCGAUAUGUGGCUGGUUCAGAGCGAUUGAUAAGUUGAUUAAAUGGGAAAAUGGCGAGCUCGUCGAUAGUUGCGAAGGUGUCAGGGCAGGCUAAUAUUAACUAACCCCCACCAAUGGAAACGUCAAUAAGGCUAGCUUUCUCUGCAUAUUCGAGUCGUAUCAUUAAAGUUUAAACUCGAUUCAAGCUUGAUAUCGCAGGUGGAAAGAAUAGACAGACUUG